AUCCGGGCAUUGUUCCCUCUCCGUGUGAGGGGUCGUCGGUUUGCCAUUUACCUGGAGCAAGAGUUCAUAAACCUGCACUCCCUUUGGAACAUUGACUCACAAUGGAGAACAGUGUGAAAAAACCCCUGAGCUGGGAAACCAGGCAGCAGCUCAAAGAAAGAUUGGCUUUGCUGAAGAAAGAAUAUGCAAAGACAGUCUACAAAUUGCAGCGUGCACAGAAAGCUGACCGUGUGCGGAAUCAUGUUAAAAACACCAUCACACACCAGAAUCAGCUGCUAGAAGAGCAAAGCGCAACCCAGCUGACAACUGGUGAGUCCUCGCCAUUUUUGGAUACACGUCAGUCAAGCUCUUCAUAUCAGAGAAGCCAAGUCCCAUUAGAAGAAAGCAACGAGAAAAAAUCAGCGGUGACCUUUAACCUUGAGCUGGAAAUCAUAGACGCCAUUGGUGGCCCAAAUGUGGCUUUGACAAGCACCUGUGAAAAUGUUGAAGAUCCUUCAGCAGAACCCGCAUUUUCCCCCGUUGUGGAAAUAGACCCUGUUGCAAAGACAGAUAGUCGAGUUCCGAGUCGUCUGAAACUGAAGAAAAAGAGGUUAAGUGAAGUACUGAAAAAGGAGGUUUGUGGGGCAGCCAGUGAAUUGAAUGCAUCUCUAGCUGUUUAUGGAGAACCCUGUGUUAAAGGAAUAGAAGAAUUGGAUUCAGCUGUUACUGAAAAGAAUGCAAGGUCUUCUAUCUUUAACAGAAGCAACUAUGUCCCCAAGUCACUUGGUAGAGAUGUAAAGGAGAAUGUACAACACAACGUAUUCUAUGGUUCUUCUCAAGGUGAAGAUGACUCUGUGUCAUUAAAAAAUGAAGCACAAGAGGUAGCAGGUAAUUGCUUGACCUCACCCUUGGGCAGAACUGUGAAUGACACAGUUUGUUGCAGUCCUGGUGACAAAUCUACAGCAGUGUCUGUGUGUGAAAAUGAAGCUUUCAGUUCAAGGGACCCAGAGGCACUGACUAAAGCUACCCGACCACAGCAAGCAAAACCAAACUGUUCUGAAGAUCUCAUUGAAGCCUCUGAGAGCAAUCUAACCAGUGAGGCGGCAGUGUUAGAACUAGGUAGGCUGCAGACAAGUACUGCUGUACAUGAAGCUCCAGAAGACAGUCCACUGAACUCUUGUACCCUUGUUGAGGGCCUUCUCUUCCCUGUUGAGUAUUAUGUGCGGACAACUCGGCGCAUGACCAGCAGUCAGCGACAGGUGGAUCUGGACGCAGUGAUUCACAGCCACUUGGGAAAGUGCAGAAAUAGUGGCAGAGGAAGGUCUAGGAAGUCCACCCAUGACCAAAGCAGUCCUGUAAAAGCCCUCCCCAAGGCAGAGGGAGAGAUCAAUGACACAUUAUUACUUUUUAACAGUCAGGAGGGUGAUUUUGCUGCAUCUAACGCAACUUCUUCACAGCAUGACUCAUUGUACCCCUGGAAUUUUGGUGUUGAUUCUCAGAGCAUUAAAUCAAGCCAAGUGAAAGGGAGAAAAAGAGAUAAAAGAGGAUCUAUAAAACCCAAGCUCACUGAUACUAAGGUGUUUAAAGAUGCAGAGCUGGCAGAGCGGACUUUAAAUAAUCACACAAUUCCUGAUGUUCAACGUAUUGUGACUUCUGAUGUUCAAAGUGAGAGAGAAAGCAAGGAGAAUGAAAGUAACUUUUGUCAGCCAGUGCCCAACACUAAUGAACGGUAUGAAAAUGCUGUAAAUAAGUUGAAUAGUCAUGAUUUUUCAGGCAUUACUAACUUUAAUAUCAAGAGUUUCGACCUGUCUCAGGAUAAACCUAAACACAUUGUGGAACCAUUGCAGAGCUCCAUUGAAAGCCAGACCAAUGAUGUAUUCGUGUGGCCUUUCAAAGAGGACUCAAAUGAUCUGCCAACAACACAACGGGAGUCUGUAUCAACUGUGCUAGAGCAUCACUCGGGAUUAAACAGUGAUACCGACAGUCAGGAAAUGGUCCCAGAGACUCAGCAAGGUCCCUUUCUUGGCAAGAGUUUCAGUGGUACAAGGCAGUUGUUUCCAUUGGGGAUUGACUUGAACAAAGAGGACACUUUGUCCCAAGAGUCUCAGCCCAGAAGGAGGGUGAGGCUCUCAAAAGGUAACUGUUAUCGUAGAACACGUGCUGGCUCCAGGAAACUUACCAGUACACUUGAAGAAGGGACGCUGACAUGCUCAGAACCAUUACUCCCUGUUAAAAAGCCUGUUGUCAAAAGGCUGUUUCACAGCCUGGAGGUCCAGGAUUUUGACCUUCCCGAUGAGGAAUAUGGUCAACUUAAAGAGAAGUUAAGAGCAGGGUCAUUGAGGAAAUCGCUUCUUCCUUCCCAGCACAAUAUGGUUGACUGUACUGUGGAAACUCAGGUGGAAACAGAGAAUUGGGAUACAGGGCAUUCACCGAACAUUAAACAAACUGCAGAAAACCUUGAGGAACACCACCCACAAAAGAGUUUGGACUGCAAGGAAAUGAGCAGGACCCCAGAGGAACCAGCAGCAGAUGACAUGUGUCCUUAUGGUCAGAAAAGGCCAAUAACUACAUCUGGCUGUCAACUAUCCUCCAGUGUUCUGCUGUCAACACCUUCCUGUACCCCAAAGGCACGGAACGUCCACCAGUGUGAACAAGGUGCAGGUAGCCCUGUGUUCCCUUCACUUGGCUUUACUCCUGCAUCUAGUUCUCCGGUCCUUUCCCAAAACAGUCAUGGAAAGCAGAAUUCAUCCCAAAUUGCCACACUGUCACAUGCGUGUGAAGAUGCUCAGAAUAAUGACGGGAACUGUGGGCAAAGGUCACAGAUAUCUACUGAAGGAAUGGUGCCACUAGUAAAUAACGAAGACACUCUUUCUGCAAGGGAACAUCUAGAUAAGGAUGAAUCAGCUCAGGAGCACUUCCAUGGCAAUUGUGAGACAAACUUCUGUCAGUCAGAAGUUUUGAAUGAGGAUUAUGAUGUGAAAUUUGCUGAAGAGGACACUGUAAUUGAAGAGGACCAUGAUGCCUUGACUCUUACUCUGCCUUCCAAACAGUUAGAGCAAAAACUGAAGAGGCAAACCUUGCAGCUAAUCUCUAUGAUACAGAAUCCGUCCACUUCCUGUAUUAUUGAUUUGUGUACAGUAUUCUGGAUAGUGAAAGAGGCCAAAACUUCAUGUAUUGCUUGUGCUUGUGAAACAGCAGUAUUCUUGUGGGCCCCACAGCAGCUAAACCAGUGGACUAAUAUCCAUACAUGGACCUUUAAUAAGGUUUACCUUGCAUAUCCAGAUUCCUUUCCUGAGAUUGGGAGGAAACUUAACUCCACCUUCCUACAGCCAGAUCUUCAGGGUUGUUAUGCAUUAGUAUUGCACUCCACGGAGAGGGGCUGUUUGGAACACACCCUGCUGCAGGCAGGAGACAUAAAUGCAGUGCUUGGGCUGCCUGGAAGGAGGUUGGUCUGCUCUUGUGGCACACUCCAGAGUCAACACAUAGAACUCAGCACCUUAUCCAAAGAAGGAAGGAGUAAGCAAUGCAUGCAGUUGGUCCCACCCAAUGAGAUGGUACUAGCUUUCAGCGAAGUUGAAGGGGAGGCAGAAGCUUUGCUUGGAUCGACUAUAAUGAGCAAUAUUGUCAUCUGGAACUUAAAGACAGGACAUCUCCUGAAGAAGAUCCACUUAAGUGAAAGUUACCCUGGUACUGUCUGCCAGAAGGCCUACUCAGAGUCUGGCAUUUUGUUCCUUCUCCUCAGUCACCGGUAUGUUGGCACCUGUGAUGGAGCUGUCAGAAGAAGAGUUUGUGUUUUAAGAAUGAUUGCUGUUAAUCCAAUGAAUGGUAAAAGUAGACCUGUCAUGUCAUAUAUGCUUCCUCUGGAAUGCAAUGGAAGGUACAUUGUUGGAGGUGUGAAGAACCAAUCCAUUGCAGCAGUUGUAACCCCUGGAAUCCUGGUACUUUGGGAUAUACCAUCUGGCCACAUCUCAACCAUGCUACAGCACAGCCCCAAUGGACACUGGUCGCUUUUCCACUGGGCAGAGGCCAACUCCUGCCUCCUGGUUAGAAAGAACGACAGGACUGUGUAUAUCUACAAAUGUGUGGGAGCUAAAACAGUUGCAGUAUGAUAUCACUGCACCAAGAUUUAUGCAAGAAAAGUAGCUUUGCCAUUUAAUUAUUUAUUUGAAACUUAUUCACAUCAUCAGUUGAGUGAAAAGCAUCAAGUAUGUUAGCAAGACAAAAACACUACACUGUGAAGAUGAUGACUUUUUCUUGUGUACUAUGUAGAGUUUUUCCACAAUGUUGUACGUUGUCUGUUAUUGCUCUCGGGGAAUACCAGAUAUUAAAAUCGGGACUGCCCUAUUUCAGUAAAGUGUUCAGAGGGCACUUAAUCAAAAUAAGUGUAUCAUAUUGAAAAUCUCCUUUCAUACGUUUAGGUGGAGUAUUAAGAUGCCACUCUUUCUUUCCAAAUGUACUGUUUGGAUGAUUUGGGAUUAGCACUGUGAUCUUUCUGUAUAUGUUUAUACAUCAAGGGACAUUCUUGCUCCUUUUCAUAAUGCAAAUACAUUUUCUUCUGUUCACUGCCGAUGGAAACAUGCUGAGAAUAUAAACUGGGAGCAUCUGCAUAUUA